AAAAAAAAUGCUUGAAGUUUUUCAUUAUUUAUUUUUUAUUUAAAUUUGUUAUUAUUAUUAUUCUUAUUUUCUUUAACUAAAUUCAAUAAAUAUAAAUAAAAUGAAUGACACUAAUAACACCAUUCAUAGAAUGAAAAUAGGGCAAUAUAAUAUAAUAAGCACCAUUGGCACUGGGUCAUUUGGAAAAGUCAAAUUGGCAGUUCAUGCUAUUACAGGUCAAAAAGUGGCAUUAAAGAUUAUCAAUAGAAAAAAGAUAGCUAGUAUGGAUAUGGGGGGUCGAGUUAAACGUGAAAUUCAAUACCUAAAAUUACUUCGACAUCCUCAUAUUAUUAAACUAUAUGAAGUAAUAACUACUCCCACUGAUAUUAUUAUGGUCAUUGAAUAUGCUGGAAGAGAAUUAUUUAAUUAUAUUGUCGAGAAAGGAAGAAUGUCUGAAGACGAUGCCCGUCGAUUCUUUCAACAAAUCAUUUGUGCUGUAGAAUAUUGUCAUCGACAUAAAAUUGUCCAUAGAGAUUUAAAACCUGAAAAUUUAUUAUUAGAUGCAAAUAAUAAUGUUAAAAUUGCUGAUUUUGGUUUAUCAAAUAUUAUGACAGAUGGUGACUUUUUAAAAACAAGCUGUGGAAGUCCGAAUUACGCUGCUCCAGAAGUUAUCUCGGGAAAAUUAUAUGCAGGUCCGGAAGUAGAUGUAUGGAGUUGUGGUGUUAUUUUAUAUGUUAUGUUAUGUGGAAGAUUACCUUUUGAUGAUGAAUAUAUACCCACUUUAUUUAAAAAGAUUAACGGUGGUAUUUUUACAAUGCCUUCUUAUUUAAGUUCCGAUACAAAGGCAUUAUUGACAUCGAUGCUUGUAGUUGAUCCACUGAAACGUAUUACAAUACAGGGAAUUCGUCAAAAUGAAUGGUUUAAUAAAAACCUUCCAGCUUAUCUUCGACCCUUACCAGAUACAGAAGAGAAUGGAAAUUUAAAAAUUGAUGAUGAUAUUGUACUUGAAUUAUCCAAGAAAAUGGGAUAUUCUACACAAGUUAUUCAAAAAGCUCUAAGUGAAUCAGAUAAUAAUCAAUUUAAAGUUGCUUAUCAAUUAGUAGUUGAUCAUAAACGAUUACUUCAAGAUUCGGAGAAUAAUCAUAUUCAAAGUUUCUUUGCUACUUCACCUCCUCCUUGGAAUACUACUUUAGAAGAUAGAUAUCAAAAAUCAAAAGAAGAUGAUAUUGAAUCUUCUAUUUCUGUCUUGAGCUCAAGUUUACCAAAAUCUGACACUCAUCAUCAAGCUUCAAUUGGUGUAAGAAAUAAUGCUGGUAAUGCAUUACCUAUCGUACCCGUGAAUGGAACCCCUCCUCCUGGAGCAAUGGCACCUUCUUCUAUUCAUAUAAUCGCUAAUCAUUCAUCUACUACUAAUCGUCUCUCUCAGUCAAGACAAACACCCUUGAAUGCAACAACACCUCAAGUAAAAAAAUCACAUAAAUCAUCAAGAUCAAGGUGGCAUUUUGGUAUUCGUAGUAAAUGUCCUGCCUGGGAAGUAAUGCUUGAGAUUUAUAAAUCUUUACGAAAUGUUGGAAUGGAGUGGAGAACAUUAGACCCUUAUCAUUUACGUUGUCGUUACAGAUAUAAAAAUUUAGGAUUGGAAGUGAAAUUUGAUCUUCAACUAUAUAAACUCGAAAGUCAUAGUUACUUGGUAGAUUUUAAAAAUGUAGGUUCACAGAGGUUUGCUCGAAAAGAAGAACAAGAAGAAGAAGAAGAGCAUCUAUUCAAAUUAAUUGAAGGAAGUAUAGAUAAAAAGAUGGAAGUUUUAGAUCAUUCAGAAGAAGAGGAUAAUGAUGAUGACCCUUCUCAGUAUUUAGCAAGGUGGAAAAUUGAUGACAAUAAUAAUAGGGAACAUAUACAAAGUGUUUAUGCUUUCUUGGAUGUUUGUAGUAAAUUGAUUACUGAUAUUGUUUAAGAUUUUAUAUUAUUAAAUCAUUGUGAUUGGCGGUUUUUAUGCUUACUAAAUAUAAUGCACUUCGGUAUUUAAAAAAGUUUCAUGUAGAAACAGGCCUGAUGAGA